CCAAAAACAAGUGACUCUUGCAAACUCUAUAGAAGAUGGUACUGACUUAUUUAGUGAAGAAGAUUCAUUUUCUUUUCUAGAAAAACUUUCAGAAGAAGAUUCAGAAGGGGUUUUGAAGGAACCAGAUGAUUUAGUUAAUAAAAAUUUGAUAAAUUUAAAAGUUAGAAACUUUAUAUCAUUAUUAUCUAGAUUAGAACCUAAUGAAUCUUCAAGUUUAAGUGAAGAUGUUAUACACAGAGAUAAGGAUUUUGAUAUAAAUAAACUUAUUGAUAGUUUAGAUUAA